UUGCUAUGUUUUGUUUUGUUGGAUUGAAUUAAUGAACACGCUAGUAACAGAUCUAUCACUAUCAUCACCUAUGCAGCAAUUCAACAACCAGUUUUUACCCUUCCAAUCCACCUUUCAACGCUCCACACACCAUCUCUUCCUUCUUAAAUAAUCACUUAUUUCAUUCUCUUCUUUUCUUUCACUCCUUCACUACAACUCACAAAAACGCGCGCAAUUCAUAAAAAUCACUUUAUUCUUCUUCCAAACACUUCCUCUCUUUUCCGUUUAUUAAUAUUCCUAUUACUCUCUUUUCGCUUUUCAAUUAUGCAAACGCGCGUUUUGUUAUUCUAACUCUCAACGAUGUCUUCUUCACGAACAACAAUCGAAACUGAAACACAAGACUCACAAGCGCCGCUCCUCCGUUCACGUCAUGACAACCGCGGUACUUCCCUCGCGCUCUUACUCGGACGCGCCGCCGGGCGUAGAGGACCGUCGGUGCUCGUACGAGAGACAGCGGCGCGUGAGCUUGAAGAGCGUCGUGCUGACUGGGGAUACUCGAAGCCGGUUGUCGCGCUUGACAUGUCAUGGAAUAUGGCUUUCGUUGUUGUAUCGGCGGUGAUGCUAUUUUGCACCGUUGAUGAGCAUCCAAACACGCCGAUCCGUGUUUGGAUCAUCGGUUACGCGCUUCAGUGUUUAGUUCACGUUGUUCUGGUGUGGCUUGAGUAUCACCGUCGUAGUCGGAGGGAUUCACGGCGGCGGCAGAGAGGUAGUGAUCCUGAAUUGAGUUCUGAUGGAUACGACAGUGAUGACAGCGACGUGAACUCGUCUCAGUCCAGAUUUACCAAGCGAUGUGAAUCAAUAAAUACUGGGGUUUCAUUCCUUUGGUGGAUGCUAGGCUUUUACUGGAUUGUCUCUGCAGAUGAUAUGCUUCUGCAAGAUGCUCCACGCUUGUACUGGUUGGCUGUUAUCUUUCUGGCAUUUGAUGUAUUCUUUGCCAUCUUCUGUGUUGUUUUGGCAUGCUUGAUUGGCAUUGCUCUCUGUUGUUGUUUGCCCUGCAUCAUUGCUAUUCUCUAUGCCGUUGCAGGACAGGAAGGUGCGUCAGAAGCAGAUCUUAGUAUGCUUCCAAAAUAUAGAUUUCGAUUAUUAAACAAUGAGGAGAAGGAUAGUGGUGGAGCUGGAUCAAUGGUUCCUAUAGAAACCACCAGUGCAUACUUGGCAAAUGAGCGGGUGCUUUUACCUGAGGACGCAGAAUGCUGUAUAUGUCUCUGUACAUACGAGGAUGGAGUAGAGCUUCACACUCUUCCCUGCAAUCAUCAUUUCCAUUCUUCAUGCAUAGUAAAAUGGCUAAAGAUGAAUGCAACUUGUCCUCUUUGUAAGUACAAUAUUCUCAAGGGAAAUGAACAGGUAUGACAAAACCCUGCCGGGUGUUUGUUUUCAACGCUGUUGUGUAUAUGUAGAUAUUCAAGACAAGAACACCAACUUGCUCGGUUUUGAUAAUUGUUUUGCUUAUCUAUUUAUGUAGAGAAGAUUUAGGUCAUUUAUUCAUGAAUAAGUUAGCGACGAUACUAAAUUUAGAGAGUAUAAUUUUGUCGUUUGUUAGAGUCAUUUGUUUGUCCAAUUUAUGGAUUGUAGUAGUGUUCUGUAAAAUAUGUUGUUUUAAAUUGCCAUAUAAAAUUGAGCUAAGUGUGUUUUUCGUUUCUA